AUGGCGGUGGAGACGCGGAUCCGCACCGCCCCCGGCACCGCCAUCCGGUUCAACGUGCUGGCCCUGGGCGAGGAGCGCGCCGGCGCCGGCCUCUCGUCCGUGCACCUCCGCUGCACCGUCACCCUCGAGCACGCCACCCGCCGGCUCCGCGGCGGCGGCCUCGCCCUCCCCGACCGCGUCAAGCCGGAGUUCCUCCAGCAGCCGUCCACGUCCGACGAGGUGCGCGACCUGCGCGACCCCUCCGUCCUCCUCCGCCCCGACGACGUCCUCCCCGCCGUGCUCGACAUGCUCGCCUCCACGCCCGUGCUGCGCGGCGUCGGCCUCGACCUCUCCGAUGAGUCCGCCUGGGACGGCGAGCACGCGCCGCGGCGCAUCGCGGCGUGGCUGCGCGAGCAGGGCUCCCGCUGGCUCGCCUCCUGCCCGGAGCGGCGCUGCCGGUUCGAGGUGGACGCGCGGCUCCGGGUGACGCGGGUGUUCAGCGAGCCCCGGGCCGUGCUCCGGCGGUGCGCCGAGGUGGCGAUGCAGACGGUGGCGCCCGGGUCGGACGAGGAGUGCCGGAUCUGCUUCGACGAGUUCCGCGACGGCGGCAAGUCCGGGCCGGUGAACCUGCCCUGCUCGCACGCGUACCACGCGCACUGCAUGCUCACCUGGCUCGACCGCGGCGCCAACUGCCCCACCUGCCGCCACGACCUGUCCGGCAUGGUCGCCGCCGCGCCAUGGACCGCGCCGACGAUAUGGGCGACAUGGACGACGGCCAGCUCGAGUACUGCUACGGCCAGGCGGCCCGGGCCGCGGGCGCGGGGGCGCCGGUGA